CUUCUUACAGGUACAACAACAAAAGGGGCUUGCUAUUUACCAAAAAAAAAAGAGUUAAAAAAAAAUUGGCAGAUUUUCAAUUUUAUAGCAAGAUCUACUGUACUUAGUUGUCAAGAUAUUUUGAUACUGUAUUGCUAAUUUGAUCAGGCAAUUGUUGCUCAGGUCAGCAAUGUGGCCCCUGGACCUCUUGUUAUUUUCUCUGAGCAUUUCCGUUUGUCCGUUUCCUGUCAAGAGACAAAAAACAAUGACUCCACGGGAUCUCAAAAACAGUGAUGACUUGAACGACCAAACUCUGUGGGAUGAUAGCCCGAAGUAUGUAUCCAUGAUUACAGUAUUUUGUUUGAAUCGUCGUCAAUUCCGGUCGUCACUGGAAGCACUUAAAUUUUUUCCUUAUUUUUUUUAAAUGGAAUGAAUACCGGUAAAUCAUUACACGAUCUUAUAUAUGUUAAAUAAGAAAACAUAUUCUACUUCCGAUGAGUUAUAUCAAAUAUCUUAGGUACCUAUCCUUUUUACAAACUUGAUACCCGCGAGAUUCUAGUCACUGUAAGUGAUUGAGACACGAACUUUUAUGAAUGAUAAACAAUUGAUUGAAGAUGAGUUUAACGGAUUUUAUUUUUUCAACCAUCACUUUCGGUACUCACCAGAAGAGUUCAAACAACUCAUGUUUUAACAAGUUUAACCGAUUGUCUUUGGUGUUUCAUCUAGCAUGACAAACAGUGAUGUUAACUAGGCAAAUGUAUUAAAAAAACAGCUUUUAUUUUUAUUAAUCACUUCCGUUCGUCCGUUUCCGGUCUCGAGACAAAAAACCUAUUUUCAUCAGGAUCUCAGAUUUGGCAGAGAGUAUCAAUAUUACAUCGAUCUCAUAAAACAAAUUCGGACGGAAGACCUACUCUUUACUCGUAACGAGAUCUAGUUAUUAUCAAUAAUCACUAGCUGUAUAAUAUAAUGAUAUUAAUGCACGUUCCAAAGGCCAUUGUUUAGAACUAGCAGCCAGUGGUAUUCUGAAUCAAGUUCCUUGUACAGACACAUUCGAUGAUGGAUGCCCAGAGAACCACUUCUUCAGCGAUGAAAUAUUCAAAUAGUACUGAAACACAAGCAAUUUGAAGAAAACGUCACUACAACCGGAAAUUCUAUAAAAGACACUAGCAAUAAUUCUAGUAACAUCACGACAGAAUGCAGGUCAACAGCAGUUGUCGUAGCUUUGGCUAUUUUACUGGGCAUAUCUGUUUCUGCUCAACUGAUUACUUGUGUUUUCAUUUAUUGCAAAGGAUUAGGACGAUGCAAACAUCUCAGAUACGACACUGUUUUACUGCAAGAUAGGUUUGACUUCGAAAGUGACAGUUACAAUCCAAGAACCUCAAAAGCAAACACACAAUACAAAGGGCAGUCAGUUCAAACAGAACAUUAUAACUACAAACACUACUAUGAUGAUUCUGCGAUUGAAGAAGAGGAAUUUCUUGUUGGCGUAAAUAUGGAGGAAAAUAUCACAGAAAAAGAAACUAUACGAAAGCUACACGGCAUAAUUGUGGAUGGUGAAGAACAAAAAUUUGAAAUAUUACGCUCGCAGUAUAGUAAAGAUAAGUAUGAAAAAUUGAAUUCCAGAGGGUUUAACUCCUUACAUCUUUCUGCAAAGUGCGGUAAUUUGAAAAUAUUCAAAGAGAUUCUUAAGUGCAAUGUAGAUAUAGAAACAGUGACAACUGACGGACGAAACAGUUUGCAUAUUGCGGCUUUUUAUGGAAGCCCCUCUAUUUGUAAAUAUAUUUUGGAAAAUCGUAAAGAUUUAUUUGAUAUCACAGACAGAUACAACAUGAAUCCAGCUCAUUGGGCGGCACUUGCUGGGCAGGAUAGUAUCUUGGAGAUCCUAUUAGAAAAUGGUUGUAAUCUAUCCCUAAGAACUUCAAAAUAUGAAGAAAACAUAGUCAUGUUUGCAUGUAUAGGUGACAGCUAUGAUGUAUUAAAAUUUGUAGGAUCUAACGAACACAUUUCUUCCCUGUUGUAUGCAAAAAAUAGUGAAGGAUGCAAUUCCAUUCAAUAUGCAGCAAAGAGUGGUAACCUCAAAGUAUUCAAAUAUCUUUGUGACAAGGGAGUGACUAUUCAUAAUAGAUCAAGGCAAACCGGGAAAAAUUGUCUCCAUACCGCAUGUGAAAUAGGCAAUAUCGAAAUAUGUAGGUAUAUUUUGAAAGAAAGAAAAGACAAAACACUUAUAACACAGAUUGACAAGCACGAACGACACGUGGGUCAUUUUGCUGCAAAGGGUGGUAAUAUGGAUAUUCUCACACUAUUGAUGGAACAUUUCAGCGUUAUUGCUUCACCACACACAGAUUUUUUUAAAAAUCCCACAGUUGAUAACAUGAACAUCCUUCAUAUUGCCUGUAGACACGCAAGAUUUGAUAUGUGUGUCAAAUUAGCCGACACGUUUCCUGAUCUGAUAAACGAAACCACAGAAAAGGGAUGGAAUGCAGCCCUCUUUAUCACUGAAAAAGCGGGAGCAGAAAGAGAAAGAAUCGAGAUCUUACAUUUCUUGGAAAAGCGUAAUUUGAAUAUUUACCAUGUUUCUAGAUCAGGAAAAACUAUAUUGUAUAAUGCAUGUGCAAAUCGAUCAGGAAAACUUGUUAAACAUUUAUUAAGCCGUUAUCCCGAUUUAUUAAAUAUUGAAAAAUCAAUAGAUCCAAGAAAAGCAAGCAAAUCUCACGAGAUUGAAGAAAUUUUUAAACAACAUCUUGAAGACAAAUUUGUAUAACUCUUGCAAUAUUUAAUCCUUCAUAGCAUAUUAUGAAUAUUUUUUUAAAAACAUGGAUAACGUUACGUGAAACGUUUUACGUUUUACGUAAAAAUUUUCUCAAACUGUGUAUAUUUGCCAUUUCUUAAUCUAAAUUUGCUGGAAAUAACAUGAUUGAUUCUUUAACAUUUUUUUAUAUUUUCCUAAUCAUCAGUAAAAAGAUGUUAUGUACACUCAUUAUCAUGUACUUUUCCCUUGUUUGGUAUCCUUAAAAUGAUUAUUUAUAAUAACCAACGUAUUCGGAAUUUUACCAACUAAAAAAAGUUUUCAUUGAUUCAAUAAAAAAAUUAUAUACAAUUUUUAAGAGAAUAGCUUUAUUUCUUGAAAAAAUUCCAUAAAUCAAGAACAACUGUUUUCCAAAUUUUAUCGUCUAUGACAUGUACUAAAUGGUACCUUACUGUGUCAUUUUUUGUGCAAUGAUACCACGUACGCGUCUACUGAAUAAUCCAAUAAUGUAAAGCUAGCUUCAAUGCUUUAAAGCCUCGAUUUGUGAGAAUACAUGAAAAACAUAUUAGAGCUUUUGAAAGUUUUAAUCAUUUCAAGAUACGUUUGGGUUACCAUCAACUUAGCCAAUUUCACUACAUCAUAUUAUAUACAAAUUUUGUUAGCUUCUAUGUCAGCAGAAGACCCCUUGCUCUGAUAAAAUUGAUAUUUAAGAAAGAUGAUAACAGCAAAUGGAUGUUUAUCUUUUUUAAAUGGAUUUUUAAAAAAAUAUGCUAAAGAUGAAUUAAGAUAUAGCUGACGCCUUUAAUCCGUUAAUCAAAAUGCCCACAUUUUUUUCAAACCUGGUCCCUUAUAAUUAUUACGAUUUUCAUAUUCAUCAUUAGGAUAUGUACAUGUAAUUACUAUAGAUUCACAUUUUUCGCCGAAAUAAAAUGACAUGUUUAAACCAUAAUAUUUUAUGUUGUCUUUGUUAAAAAUAUUACUCUGAAGACGUUGAUGUGACAGUAUUGUUUGUGUCUGUAAUGCAUGUAAUUCCAAUUUUAAGGUCAACAUUAAAAUGUUCGUAAAAUCAAGCUUUGCUGUCUUCGUACUACCAUGAAAUGAUUAGAACAUAAUAAUAAUCAGAAAAUGAUUAGUGUCAUUUAAAACUGUUGAAACAUACGGAUUAUAAAUGGUCUACUAUUAA